AAGUGACCUGGGCAAUUUCCGAAAUGGCGUCUCUAGACCCGAAAGUCGCUUCACUCGUCGACAAGGCUGCACGAGAGGAUGAUUCGGACGAGGAUGCACUCAUCGCCUCUCUGGAAGAUGACGAGGCGUUAGAUGCGUUCCGCGAGCAACGACUUCAACAAUUGCAUCAAGAGUACGACAAGGCGCGACGAUUGAAGGAGAGCGACCAUGGAAGAUACUCCGAGAUUAAAGACGAGAAGGUUUUGAUGGAUAUCACAACAAGCACUAAACUGUGUGUGGUGCACUUCUUCAAGCCCGACUUCAACCGCUGCCGCAUCAUGGAUACUCAUCUCGAGUCACUAGCCCCCUCCCACUAUGAGGCCCGAUUUCUCAGGAUUAACGUUGAUAAUUGUCCUUUUCUUGUCACUCGUCUAGGCAUCCAGGUCUUGCCAUGUGUCAUUGCCUUUAUUGACGGUGUAGGAGCUGAUCGCAUUAUUGGAUUCGAGGGGCUUGGUCACACUGAGCAAACAUUUACGACUCGCGAUCUGGAGGCCAGACUUAUCCGAGCAAACGUACUCGCAAGAAACAAGGUCAACGAGGAGGAUGAGAGGCAACGGCUACAGCGAAGCAAAGCAAAGGAGCAAGAAGACGAGGACGAAGACUGGGAUUGAGUAGCCACAAUGUUGAGUCACGUGGUCAUAUGUAGCUGGAAGCUGGAAGCUAAGACGAUGCGAGGCAGUGGACCCUCUCACAGCAGGAGGAUCCCGAGUUUUUAUUUGCUGCUCAGCAUAUAGUGCAGGGAAGGGCCAUAGCAGAAGUUUGCAAUCAAGCUUCCAACAAGCAAAGCUCUCAUAUGCUUGCCGUUAAGGGCACCAGCUACUUAAUCGCAUCCAGCAGUAACAGCCCAUAUACCAAUCACGAUACAGCAAGAUAAACAACUUUCGGU